UGGCAGACCCAGCGAUCCAUGGCUUCGGCCAUGCGCCAGCGCAGGAAGCCUUCAAGAAUGACUCUCUCUCAUGACGUGGGUAGAUCAGGCUCAGAGAAAAGAGCAUCUAAACGCGAUGAAGCUGGGCCUUUCGCCGGGAUGAAUCAGACGGUUGCGAGGUUACCAGAGAGAAGGAUGCCGCGUCAACUCCCUACUCGAUCUCGGAUGUCUCUCCGAACCGAGAUCAAGAAACGAACGCAACGAGUAAAGCCUACGACAGGAACCGACGGAGAAGAAGGCGCGACUUCAGGUGCCUCAACUAUGAGCAAAAAGAGCAAAGUGGAUAAAAACGACAAACCUACAUUCCACGCCUUGAAGAUGCAGCAGAUAUUGGCUCCUUUAUCGUACAAUCAACGAGAUAAACUCAAGAUGAAGCUCGAACAAAUACAGUCUUUUGAAGAGCUGGGGCUGAUGCCCCCAGUUGUUGAUGCUGUUUACAGUCAGGUCCUGCCACAUUUGAAAGAGUACUCGCCUACGCCUGUUCAGAAGCUGGCUAUUCCUGCGCUGUUGAGCAAGAAAGGCGAAUACCAGAAACAAAAACAGCCAGAAGAUGCUCCGAAGUACAACCAGUUCCUCCUCGCCGCUGAAACGGGAUCAGGCAAGACGAUGGCCUAUCUACUACCACUAGUCCAUCAUGUGAAGGAACAAGAAGAACUCGAUCAGAUCGAGGAAGUAGAAACAGAGGCUCGAGAAGCCAAAGAAAGAGAGGAGCGUGCCAGCCGCCUUGUCUUUGAGGCUGACCCUUCGGAAACCGAAGGGCCCAAGUACCCUAAGAUGGGCAAGCCCCGAGCACUCAUCCUUCUACCCUCAUCCGAGUUGAUCACUCAAGUGACGAAAGUUGUAAAGUCGCUCGGUCACGCCGUCAAGUACAAGUCUGCGGGCAUCUCGUCCGCCAACAGUCCGACAGUCAUUCGAAAUCGACUCUUCAACCCGAGCGGGAUUGAUAUCGUGGUGUCUUCACCACAUCUGAUCGCCAGCAUUGCCAAGAAGGAACCGGGCAUCCUCUCUCGAAUCCAAUACCUCGUGAUGGACGAGGCAGACUCUCUCUUCGACCGCUCCUUCAGUGAGACGACAUGCGACAUCAUCGAUCGAGCUGCUCCGACACUCAAACAACUUAUCCUUUGCUCCGCCACCAUCCCCAACUCCCUGGACCGCUUCAUCGACCGCCGGUUCCCACAGUGUAAACGCAUAGUGACGCCCAAAUUGCACACGAUACCUCGCCGCGUUCAACUCGGUGCCGUCGACAUCGACCGAGAACCGUACCGUGGCUCCCGCGACCUCGCCUGCGCCGACGUCAUCUGGACGCUCGGCAAGUCGGUGCACGAAGACCUCAACCCCCGAAACACGGUCAAGCAUAUCCUGGUGUUUGUCAACGAACGCGAAAAGGCCGAGGAGGUUGCCAAAUUCCUCGCGACCAAGGGCAUAGACGCCGUCGCCUUGACCCGAGACACCACCGAACAGAGACAGGCCGAGAUCUUGUCGACAUUCACCUCUGCCGCCGCGGUGGAAGGUUCCGAAAAGCCGGCCGUCCAGAAAAAGACCAAGCUCUUCAACGACUUCGUCCCCUUUGACAGUUCCGACGUGGGGGGAGCCGCGGCCGACGACGACAAAGGUCGCCCGGCCCGACACCUCCCCGACACCAAGGUUCUCGUCACGACGGAUCUCGGUUCGCGCGGCGUGGACACCUUGGCCGUGCGCCACGUGGUCCUCUACGACGUGCCUCACACGACCAUUGACUUUGUCCACCGGUUGGGCCGGAUGGGCAGGAUGAACCGUCGCGGUCGGGGGGUCGUCUUGAUGGGAAGGCAUGACAGAAAGGACGUCAUUCGGGAGGUCCGCGAGGCCAUGCACAAGGGACAGGCAUUGAUAUAGUCUUCUUUUGGACCCACUUUCGAUCAUUGCUCGCAGUGUGACGGAGCAUGACUGCCUCAGGUGUCGAAUCAUGGAUUCUAGUUCAAGGGGGUGUGUGUGUGUGGGAUUGUAUACCCAGAGAGUCGAGUGCUUUUUGUUUUUUGUUUUUUAUUUUUUUAUUUUUGCGGCCGCUCGCCUUUCUCAUCUCUCGACCGUCAUUCUGUGUACUACCCAUGUUUAGAAUAGGUCACGGAGGGGUCCCUUGUACUAGAAUACAUCAUAUUGUGUACCACAUUCAACUAGACCGUCAAGGUAGCUAAG